UGGGGCUCGGAUUUCCCCAUAUUCUCUUCGCUGGGUGGGAGGGCUGGGGGCGCUCCGACAAGGGCUUAGGGUUUUUGUUUCUUUUUUUCUUCACCAAAACCGCUGCUUUCUCCCUUGUUUUCCCUGAUUUUCGCGUAUUUCCCGGCUUUUUCUCCGAAAAUAGUGCGGAUUUUGGGAAUUUUCCGGUGAAAUUCGAAAAAAAGGAGGAAUUUUGGGAAGGGUCCGGCGACCGCAGCGCAUAAUUUCUAGGGUUUAUUUGCUGCACCUUGAUCAGGAUUGGUUUUUUUUUUUUACUGCCGCCUUUUUUUUUUCUUGAAAUUUUUCUCUUGGUACCUUGCUUUAUUUUCCGCCUUGUUACCUGUAUUGUAAAUUACGUCUGGAUGCUGCUGUUGUAAUUUCGAGUUAAUGAGCUGAUUUCCAAGACCGGGUUUUUCAGAAUUCUUGCUUACUGGCAGUGUUCUCGAGCUUGUGUGUUAGAUUUUCUCUGUAAAAAUCGAAUCUUUGUACUGUUUUCUUUCCUGAUCUUGUUGGUGAUAGUGGGAACAGAGCAGAAUCCCAAAUCUUUAGGGGAAAAGUUUCCAAAAUCCGAUUUUUUUUCUUUUCCUUCCAAGAAAGGAGACUGGAGUGUGAUUGUACUCGACUUUCACUGGAACUCUUGGGGUUGCGGUUGCAAUAGAGCUAGAAUUAUCAGGUGAUGGUGUCUAGAUCUUGCUCCUGGGGUGAAUGGAAGUAAGAUCCGAGCCGGGAAUCAUGUCUGGUAGGGAAUCCUUUAACGUAGGUAUGCAGAAAAGCCCUGUGCAGUCCCAGCCAUCGAUGCAGAGCAUGCGAUUGGCCUUCGCCCCAGACGGAACGGCGAUCUACAAGCCGAUAACCACCAGUUCUCCUCCACCUCCACCUUACCAAGGAGGAGGAGGAGCAGGCAGCACCGGAGGCGGCGAUGGUCCCUCGCCGGCGGCUAUCACACCGCAUGGUCUAAACAUCAACGUGGGAGAGCCGGUGAAACGGAAGCGAGGACGACCGAGGAAGUACGGGCCCGAUGGUACCAUGUCUCUUGCAUUGACCACCGUAUCCCCAACCGCUGCCGUCUCACCCGGUUCGGGAGGGUUCUCUCCUUCUUCUGCUGGGGCUGGGAACCCGGCAUCGUCGGCCUCGGUGGAGGCCAUGAAGAAAGCAAGAGGCCGGCCGCCUGGCUCUGGCAAGAAGCAGCAGCUGGCUGCUCUGGGAUCGGCAGGGAUUGGAUUUACACCUCAUGUUAUUACAGUUAAGGCCGGAGAGGAUGUCUCGUCAAAGAUCAUGUCAUUUUCUCAGCAUGGACCACGUGCGGUUUGCAUCCUUUCAGCAAAUGGUGCCAUAUCUAAUGUGACUCUUCGUCAGGCAGCAACUUCUGGUGGAACAGUAACUUAUGAGGGCCGAUUUGAGAUAUUGUCGCUGUCUGGUUCAUUUUUGCUGUCAGAGAGUGGUGGUCAACGUAGUCGAACAGGGGGUCUGAGCGUUUCACUGGCAGGCCCAGAUGGGCGUGUUUUAGGUGGUGGAGUGGCAGGGCUUCUAACAGCGGCAUCCCCAGUCCAGGUUGUGGUGGGAAGCUUUAUAGCUGAUGGGAAGAAAGAGCCGAAGCACACGGCUCCUUCGGAUCCGACAUUGGCUCCCGGAAAGCUUGCCGCCGGUGGUGCGGCGGCAGGUGCAAACAGUCCACCUUCUCGAGGCACACUUAGUGAAUCCUCCGGCGGGGGGCCUGGAAGCCCUUUGAACCAGAGCACGGGCACGUGCAAUAACAGCAACCAACAGGGUUUGUCUAACAUGCCGUGGAAAUAACGUAUGCUGAUGGCCCCUGUAAUCCUGAUCGCAAUUGAACCUCUUGUUACGUCUCACUCGUCUUUCUUCUCAUGUAAGUUAGCUGUUGGCGAACUGGGAGAGGUGGUGACUUCCCCACCAUCCCACCAGGUUUUCCUGUUAUCAUGUGUGAGUUUAGAAGCUAGGAGUAUGUUGUUUUUCAUUUCAUGUAGCUCUUGAUGUUGUUCUAUUAAUGUCUGAAGGUGUUGUAUGGAAUUCUUCCCAUGUAUCAAAUAUCAUGACGUGUGUUCUCUC